UGUCAUUCACGUUCAUGUUUUGUUUUUCUUUUCUCCGUAAAUAAAUUACUGUCUUUUUCAGUAUUGAUAUCGAUUUUCGAUUUACUUACAAUGUCUAAUAAAAAGAAUAAGGAAAUCGUCAAUCAAGAUAGUGAAAGUGAAGAGGAGCAGGACUCUGGUAGCGAGAAAGAUUCAGAUUUCGAUUCUGAUGGAAACUACAUUGGUGACAAAGAACUCCAAGCUGACUUUGAGGGUCGAAAUCCUGAAGACUGUGACUUCCAUGGCAUAAAACAACUGUUGCGUCAAUUGUUCCUCAAGUCCAAUGUUGACUUAGGAGGACUAACAGAAAUUAUAAUUUCACAAAACUAUGUGGGAAGUGUAGUCAAACAAUGUUUGGACAACGAUCCAGGUAAUGAUGAUGAUGACGAUGAUGAUGGAAGUGAUGGUGUCUUCGGAAUCACUACUGUCAUAAAUAUAACAAAAAGAAAAGAUGCACCCUGCAUACAACAAAUAAGAUCACUCCUCACAACACUAGCUGAAGACAAUGCUGAUGAUAAAACAAAGGCUCUUGUACAAAAGUUAUUGUCUGAUGAUUCCCAGCAUGUAGGAUUUGUUAUAAAUGAAAGGAUCUUGAACAUUCCGGCAGCUAUCAGUGUGCCACUGUUCUCCUCUUUGCAGACAGAAAUUGACAAGGCUAUUAAGAAAAACAUGCCUUAUACUUUCCAAUAUUUAGUGUGGAUUUGCAAAACAUACAAUAAUGGAGAUGAGGCAUCAGAAGUUUUAUAUGCUAAUCAAGAAGAAAGACCCCUAGCAGAUGAGGCACUAGCUAGUUUUGAGGUAGAUGUGACUGAACAGGCUGAUCUCUCGCAGUGGGAUUACGAGGGUGGCGCUCUGACGCCAUGUCGAAAGGUCCUAAUCUUCGAGGGCAGGAAAUUUAAUGAUUUAAUGAGACUUAUCAAAGAGGAAGUUGAAAAUGCUUAAGGGUUCUUCAAUAUAUCAACAUGCUAUUCAACAUUUAUGCCAUUCAUUCUAUUUAUAUGUGAUUAUUACUAGUUAAGUAUAUUAUAAGCUUUAUUACUUUUA